GUAGCGGAGACAAUUUCAGAGAACUGAUUCGACAAACUCCGUUCCACAAACGUUAUAUCCAUGUUCAUACAGAGACAACACAAAUAAAGUCUCCUCUCAUCAACUAACUUGACAGUUUCACUUUCAGCUCUGAAACUAACUCAACCAUGUCUGUAAAUUUAAGUCCAGCAAUCUGGGAAAGCGUGCUGGAGCUGACAAAAACGGCAGAAGCCAAUCAGAGUGAUCCCACCAUGUGGGCCAUAGAGGUGUCAACCACUUUGAACUCAGCUGGAGUGGCCUUGCCAUCUCAAGAACUAGCUACCCUUUUGGUCUCACACAUUUUUUGGGACCAUAAUGUUUCGAUUACUUGGAAGUUUCUUGAGAAGGCUCUGUCUUUUCGGAUUGUGCCUCAUGUGCUUUUGUUUGCUUUGCUCUCCACAAGGGUUAUUCCAAAUCGACGUUCCCAGCCAGCUGCAUUCAGGCUUUACAUGGAACUACUCAAGAGACAUGUAACUGAACUUACAUCUGAUAUAAAGUCACCAAAUAAUCAAACGAUUAUCAGCACAGUAGACAAAGUUCUCCAACUUUCUAAAUUAUUCGAUGUUCCAGCCACUGAACCUGGCGUUUUUAUUGUGGAAUUUACAUUUUCAAUAGUUUGCCAGUUAUUGGAAGCAUCAAUAGAUGAUGAAGGGUUACUAGGAUUCACACCUGAAAAGAAAUUUAAAUGGAUAUCGGAACCUCAUUGUAUGGACUUAGAUAGCCAUGAUAGUUUUGGUGUGGAGAAGAAUGCUAAACAUCACAAGAGAUUGCAGAGUGCAAAUACUGUAAUGGCCAUUGAUCUAAUCGGUCAAUUUCUGCAGAACAAAGUGACUUGCACUAUUAUUCACUUGGCACGCAAAAGCAUGCCUGCAAAUUGGAAAGGUUUCACCCAGUGUAUACAGGUACUGGUAAUGAAGUCCUCAGCAUUACGAAAGUCACAGGUUCUGACACCAGAGGCUCUUAUCCAGUUGACAUCAGAUACUCGAAAAGUUACUUAUCAGAAACGCAAAACAUUAUGCAUGGAAAAUCUGCACGAGGUAACAACGUAUGGGCCUCUUGAUUCUUCUGCCGGUCUUUGUCAUGGAACCAGUUAUUCUAGUCUCUGGCUUCCUCUUGAUUUGGUUCUAGAAGAUGCAAUGGAUUUAUCACAAGUCCAUGUGACAAGCGCUAUAGAGAUUCUUACUGGUUCCUUGAAGACUCUUCGGGCAUUUAAUGGCACUACCUGGAAAGACAGUUUCUUAGGCCUUUGGAUGGCAGCUCUACGCCUUGUUCAAAGGGAAAGGAAUCCCAUUGAAGGUCCUGUCCCUCACUUGGGUACUCGUUUGAGCAUGUUACUGUCUAUCGUACCCCUCGUACUUGCUCAUCUUAUAAAAGAAGAGGAAAUUGCAUUAGAUGCUCAGAUGGAUUGUAGCAUUGGAAAAGAGCAAUUCCGUGGAAAGCGGAGUAGAGACUUGGUAUUUUGCUUACAGAGUUUAGGUGAUUACCAGGCCUUGUUGAAUCCGCCUGAAUCAGUUGUUUCUGCAGCCAAUCAGGCUGCUGCAAAAGCAAUGAUGUUCGUAUCUGGCAUCAAAGUAGAAGAAACGACAAUUAAUUGUUCUGGGAACUUGCACCAUUUGGUAGUUGAGGCUUGUAUAACCAGAAAUCUUUUAGAUACGUCGGCAUACUUGUGGCCGGGUUAUGUCAAAGGACCAAGUGAGCAAAUAUGCCUUAGUGUUCCUGCCCAAGCUUCUGGUUGGUCUUCAUUUAUGAAGGGAAGUCCACUUACACCAACGGUGAUUAAUGCUUUAGUUUCUUCACCUGCUUCAAGCUUAACAGAGCUUGAGAAAAUCUACGAGAUUGCUGUCCAAGGAUCUGAUGAUGACAAGAUAACUGCUGCUACUAUUCUUUGCGGAGCCUCCUUGGUUUGGGGUUGGAAUAUACAGGAACACACUGUCAACUUCAUAACUCGAUUACUGUGUCCACCAGUUACCACUAACUACUCUGGAAAUGAAAGCCAUUUAAUCCGCUAUGCUCCUAUGCUGAAUGUCAUCCUUCUUGCAAUAUCUUCAGUGGACUGUAUUCAGAUAUUCUUUUUGCAUGGGGUGGUUCCACAACUUGCUGGUUCACUGAUGCCAAUUUGUGAAGUAUUCGGCUCAUGUUUAGCCAACGUCACGUGGACACUAACAACAGGAGAAGAAAUAUCUGCCUAUGCGAUUUUCUCUAAUGCAUUUGCAGUUCUUCUCAUGUUAUGGAGGUUUAAUUCCAUACCUCUAGAACAUGGAGUAGGAGAUGUACCUCGAGUAGGAUCCCAGUUAACCCCUGAAUACCUCUUAAUAUUACGGAACUCCCACAUAGUAUCUUCAAAAAGUAUCUGGAAUGAUAAAAAUAAUAGGACUCCUGCUACUGAUGCAAGUUCAUUGCUUUCUCAGCCUGUAUAUGUGGCCUCCUUCCCAAAAUUGAAAGUAUGGUAUAGACAGCAUUUGGCAUGUAUAGCGUCACCACUCUCUGGUCUUAUUCAUGGUACCCCUGUGCAUCAAAUUGUGGAUGAACUCCUCUGUAUGAUGUUCAAGAAGAUAACUGGAGGGAAACAACCUGUGACAUCUGGAUGUAGUGCCUCCUCUGUGACAGGUGAAGGAACUUGCUCAGGACCCAACUUUGCUGCUUGGGAUGUACUUGAAGCUGUUCCAUAUGUGGUUGACGCUGCUCUAACUGCAUGUUCGCAUGGAAGACUUUCGCCUCGUGAACUGUGUACAGGGCUUAAGAAUUUAGCGGACUUUCUCCCUGCAUCCUUAGCAACCAUUGUUAGUUACUUUUCAGCUGAAGUAAGUCGUGGUGUUUGGAAAGAUGUCAUGAUGAACGGAGUGGAUUGGCCGAGUCCAGCUGCAAAUCUAUCAACUGUUGAGGAACAGAUCAAGAAGAUCCUAGCUGCAACUGGUGUAGAUAUCCAUAGCCUUGAUGCAGGGAGAAAUUCUCCAGCGACCCUUCCUCUUCCAUUAGCUGCCUUUGUAAGCCUCACUAUAACUUACAAAAUAGACAAAGCAUCACAACAUUUUCUCAAUCUGGCUGGCCCAGCCUUAGAGUCCCUUGCUGCUGGUUGCCCCUGGCCAUGCAUGCCAAUUGUAGCUUCCCUGUGGGCCCAAAAGGCCAGACGUUGGAGCGAUUUUCUUGUCUUUUCUGCCUCGCGUACAGUCUUCCUCCACAACAAAGAUGCAGUGGUUCAGCUUCUCAGAAGUUGCUUCACUGCCACACUUGAUUUAAAAGGUACCGCCAUUUCCAGCAAUGGAGGUGUUGGAGCACUACUUGGGCAUGGAUUUGGAUAUAACUCUGAUGGUGAGAUAAAACCGGUUGCACCAGGUAUUUUGUACUUGCGUAUUUACAGGUCCAUCAGAGAUAUUAUGUCCAUGAGAGAGGAAAUUGUUGCUGCACUGAUGCAAUCUGUUAGUGAUAUAGUCUGCAAUGGGCUCCCGAAACACUUAAGGAAGCCGAAGAAAGCCAAAUUUGGGAUGAGAUAUGGGCAGAUCUCACUUGCUACUGCAUUGACAAAGGUAAAAGUAGCCGCUUCCUUAGCAGCUUGUCUAAUAUGGUUUGGCGGCUUGGCACUCGUCAAGUCAUUAGUUAAAGAAACACUGCCAUCUUGGUUUAUAUGUGUUCAUAGAGCUCCACAUGAAGAAGAUUCAGGGAUUGUUGCGACACUUAGUGGCUAUGCACUAGCCUAUUUUUCUCUGCUUUGUGGAUCGUUGGCAUUUGGGAUGGAUUCAUCCUCAUCUACAUCAAAGCACCGUCGGAAAAUCCUGCAAUACCAUCUGGAGUUUAUAGCAUGUGCCUUUGACGGGAAGAUAACAGUAGGCUGUCAUCCAGCUACUUGGCAUGCUUAUGUAACAGGGUUCGUGAGUCUUAUGGUACGAUGCGGACCAACAUGGCUUUUUGAAGUGGAUGCAGAGGUCUUGAAGAGAGUUAGUAAUGGUCUGAGGCAUUGGAAUGAAGAGCUUGCUCUUGCUCUGCUAGUGGCUGGUGGAGUUGGUACGAUGGGAGCAGCCGCAGAGCUGAUAACUCAAACUCAGACAUGAGAGUGCAGGAUUCAUAGUUCCGGUUUGUAAAUUGAUCUGUUUUAUUGUGCAGCUGACUGAUAUGUGUCAAUAAAUUUUGUGUAUGGAUUUGCUUCA